CCUCGAGUUUCGCUGGCAGGGCGGCGCAGCAGGCCCACAAGCGAUCGCUGCUGCUGCUGACGUGCAUCGCUGCUGCGCGUCGCUCCUGACGCCAUCGCUGCCGCGCGUCAAUUGGUACUCGACAGCACCCUUCUAACAAAAUGUCCUGGCCCUACGCCGCCGGCGCCUACGCGGCCUACUACGGCGCGCCCGCCGCGCCGCCGCCGCCGCCGCCGCCGACGCAGAGAACCUGGAAAGAAUAUAAGACGCCGGAAGGCAAGCCCUACUGGAGCGACGGCGCCACCAGUGUCUGGGAGGAGCCCGCCGCGUAUAAAGAGGCGCGGGAGAAGGCCGCGGCGCUCAUCGAGGCGAACAAGAGGGCUAAAGAGGCACCACCAGUCGUUGCAAAGGAACCGGAGCCGGAGCCGAACAUCAAGCCCCUGGAACCUGUGUUAGAUCCAAAGCAGAAGGUCGAGGCCUUCAAGCAGUUGCUGAGUGAUAGCGACAUCAAGUCCACGGCGACGUUCCCCGAAGUCUCGGCCAAGUUAGGACAGCACCCGACCUUUAUGUCUUUGCCGAAGGGCGAACGCAAACAAGCUCUGGCCGAAUAUAAAACGAAGCGCGCGAAGGUCGAGAAGGAGAUCGAAAGAAAACGAAGCAGGGAGGCGAGAGCCGGCUUCCUCCGGUUAUUGGCCGAGGCCGAGGAGAUUUCCGUGGACACGCCCUGGUCCCGGGCCGACGAGUUGCUGGCCGCGACGUGCGAUGAAAGGUAUCAGGCCGUCGCCACCUCGACAGAAAGAAAGGGAUUGUUCGACGAGUUUUUGGAUGCGCUCCGCGAGAAGGACGCCUCCGAGAAAAGGCAGUCGACGGAAAAGGCGCGCGAGGCCUUCCGCAAAGCAUUGGUACAAUUAGCGAGGGAGCACCCGGCCGCCUCGCACGAGGACGACGACGCGGCGCUACUUAUCGGCGUCUUCGGACGAACUCGGUUUUCCGAUGUGGAAAGUGCCAUGCAGAAGAAGAACCCGAACCUAUUGCUGUCGUUGCCCGUGUGGAAAUCAACCGGUGUCGCGUCGAUGGCGUGGAGGUCGACGCGCCGAUUCAGCACCACGCGUCUGCCGAAGCAUAACGCCAUCGACGCGACGCCAUCGACGUGUCUCUCCGCACAGGUCGCCGGACGACCGGAGGAGGGAGUACCAGCGGUUUGUGGAUGACUGCCACGAGACGGUGCGGAGGCGCGACGAUACGAAGAGAAGGGCUUUUGUGGAUGCGGCUUUAGCUGCUAUACUAAGAGGCUUACUCCCGAGGGAACUGCCCUUCGCCGAGCUCGACACGGUGUUAGCCGCAAGACAAAGGGGCGGCGCGAAGGCGGUCGCCCAGAUGUCUGCAGCAUUUGCCGCGGAAGAGGGCCAGCUCCCUUCUGAUAACGAGGAGGAGGAGGACAAUGACACUGAAGUCGUUAUUGCGAGGGUCAAGGAGGCCAUGGCUGAUUUAGCAGCUUGUUCCUCAAGACUAGGCGGCGACUGUUGCGUCCGGGCUUUUGGGCGGGCCAAGGAUUUAGCUUAUAGAUCCUUCAAGAUUGAUAGACGUCAGUGCCGCGACCUCACGAGGCGGUGUGAUGUUUCUCUGAGUUCCUUUGGUGCUUGGUUGACGGCGCUGAAAAAAGUGGACCGACGGUCGCCGCCGCGCGAUGCGGACGUGCGGCACGAGCGCCGUCUCGAGGGAUGGACCUUGAGUGAGGCCUGUGAGUUACGACGGCCGCAGCUCGCGCGCGUGUUUGUCGAUCUCAGAGAUGAGGCGGCGCAAGAGGCACGGGAUCAACAAAGGAGGCGGGAAAGAAGGGAGCGAAGGUUUCGGGAAUUGCUCGAGGAUUAUUUGAGGUGGCCGGAUGAUAAAAACGCGACGUACGAGGACUUGGAGCCGUCGCUGGCGCGACACUCGGCCUACGACGGCGUGCCGCGCGGGCGCCGGCGCGAGUUGUUUGAAGAGGUGCUGGGGGCGUUGAAGGAGCGGGCGACGGCGUCUCAACCGGACCGCUGGACGAGCGCCGUCUCGGACAACGACCGCUGGUCGCCGGGCGUCGCCGUCGAAGAGGGGCCGGAGGCGCCGCCGCCGAAGAAGGCGCGAGAGGGUUAAGUAGGUAUUCUUGUGGUAUAUAUUUACGAGGCGGG